CCAUACCAGUUGUCAAGUCAGUUCUUUGGCGCCAAAGUCCAGUCAACUCACCCACUCCCCUACAACGCGCACACCACCAGUCCACCACCGGACCCCCACCAAUCUACUCUCUCUCUAAAAAGCCACCCAAGUUCUCUCUCUUCUCUCCACCAUCUUCCUAGCCUCCUUUUGCCCUUACUUCCUCAGUUCCUCUCUACUCUCUGCCUCCCUCUCCUGCCUUUAUUUAACCAAUUGAACCUAAUAUACCUAUAUACUCUCUCACAUAAUUUUAAUUAUAUACUCCUGCUGCCAUCAUAUAUCUAAAAUACUAAGAUUGCUGCAUGCAGGUUCAGGAUUCUCUGCACCCACAACCUAAAAUGAGAAGGUACGCACACACCACUUCUCUCAUGUUACUCCUCUUCUUCAUGUUCCAUUUGGUAGUCUCUGAAAUUCCUUCAAACCAGAGAAACACCAUGAUCAACCUCUAUAAUCUCCUCCAAAACAACACGGCCCAACCUCUUCUUCCUUGGAAUAUCAACAGAGACCCAUGUUCAUGGAAGGGAGUUACAUGCAAUUUCGACAACUCCUUCAUCACCCGAUUCUCUAUCCAAUUCUUCUCUCUAUCUAACCCUGAUUUUCUCCCUGUUCUUUGCCAAAUCAAUAGUUUGGAGUCUAUUGAUCUAUCUGACAACCACUUGAGCUCUAUCCCAAGUGGGUUCAUGACUGCUUGUGGAAAUCUCAGAGGGUUGAGAGAGUUGAAUUUCAGUAGGAACAGAUUGUCUGGUUCUUUACCUAAUUUUGAUGGGUUUUUGAAAUUGGAAUUUUUGGACUUGUCUCAUAAUUCAUUGUGUGGAACUAUUAGUUUACCGCUUGAUGGUUUGGUUAGUCUGAAAAAUUUGAGCCUUGGGUACAACCAUUUCAUAGGUAAAAUCCCCGAGGAAGUCGCGAAUUAUUCAAAUUUGACUUUUAUUGAUCUUAGUGUAAAUACUCUUUCUGGGUCUAUCCCAGAUAGAUUCGGAGAGCUUCAAAAUCUGCAAGUUUUGAUUCUGUCUUCCAAUAGUUUGAGUGGUGGAAUCCCACAAUUCCUUUCAAGUGUCAAAACACUAUGGCGAUUCGCUGCAAAUCAGAAUUCCUUUUCUGGUGAAAUUCCACUUGGGAUUACAAAGUUUAUGAGGAAUCUAGACCUUAGUUAUAAUCAGUUAAGUGGGUCAAUUCCUAGUGACCUUUUGUCCCAACCAAAUUUGCAGACUGUGGAUUUGUCUUAUAAUUCACUAGGAGGGUCGAUACCCAAAAGCAUAUCAUCAAGUUUGGUGAGACUGAGGUUAGGAAACAACCGUUUGAACGGGACAAUCCCAUCUUCAGCCUUUGGAACCCUUCAAAAACUGACCUAUUUGGAAUUGGAAAACAAUAGUUUGGGAGGUUCAAUACCUCCUGAAUUGGGUUUCUGUGAGAAUUUAGCACUGUUGGAUCUUGCUAAUAAUCAAUUCACUGGUGUUUUGCCAGUUGAAUUGGGUAAUCUGACCAAACUUCAGCAACUGAAACUUCAAGCGAACAGUUUGGUUGGGGAAAUCCCAAUUGAAAUUACCCGAUUGCAAUGGUUGAGGAAGUUGAAAAUCAGCUGGAAUUUGCUCAAUGGCUCGAUUCCUUCUUCGAUUUCAAGGCUCCAGAAUCUUAAUAAUUUGGAUUUAAGUGGAAACAAUCUCAGUGGUUCAGUACCAGCGACCGUUCGUAAUUUGACUUCUCUCAUGGAACUCCAAUUGGGGAGUAACGAAUUGGGCGGGAGAAUUCCUUUGAUGCCGCAGAGUUUGGUGAUUGCUCUAAAUUUAAGUAGCAAUCAAUUUGAAGGCCUAAUACCAGAAACUCUGUCGCGAUUGAAUGGAUUGGAAUUGCUGGAUCUAUCCAACAACAGCUUUACCGGCCAAAUUCCAGACUCUUUUGUUACAAUGGAAAGCUUGACACAGUUGGUGCUUUCCAAUAAUCGGCUCUUUGGAUUGAUUCCGAAUUUCCGUUCAUAUGUUUCAGUUUACACAACUGGUAACACGGGUCUUAUAGAGCCCAUAAAUCCGAGCCCAACUAAGACGAAAAAGACUCUCUCUGUGUUCCAUCUUGUUGCAGUCAUUGGUGCUGGUACCACUUUUGUUAUUUCCAUGGGAGCCUUCGUUGUUCUAUUGAUUUACAAGAAGGAUGCACAGAUCCAAUCCGAGGAACACUUUGGAAAUGACGUUCACAGAUCCAACAUCGAUGGGCUUGUUGCGUGCUUUUGUUUCCGUAUGACCCCAAAAAUCCAAAGUGAGGUAAGGGCAACGAACCAUGGGGAUAUUUUCUCUAUAUGGAAUUACGAUGGAAGAAUUGCAUAUGAAGACAUUAUCAAAGCAACAAACGACUUUGACAUCAGAUAUUGCAUUGGAACAGGCGGAUAUGGCAGCGUCUACAGAGCUCAAUUGCCAAGUGGCAAAGUAUUUGCCUUAAAGAAACUUCAUCGGUUGGAAGCAGAAGACCCUGCUUUCGACCACUGUUUCAGGAAUGAGGUCCAAGUGUUGACUAAUGUACGACACAGAAACAUCGUGAAGCUUUACGGAUUUUGUUUGCACAACAGAUGCAUGUUCUUGGUGUACGAGUACAUGGAAAAAGGAAGCUUAUUUUGCGCAUUGAGAUUUGAUGUCGAAGCUUCUGCAAUUGGAUGGACUCAAAGGGUAAAAAUUGUUGAAGCAAUGGCACAUGCUUUAUCUUACUUGCAUCACGAUUGCACCCCGCCAAUUGUUCAUCGUGACAUAUCGAGCAACAAUAUUCUAUUGAACUCUCAACGAGAGGCUUUUGUCGCUGACUUCGGAACUGCCCGACUACUGCAUCCCGAUUCAUCAAACCGAACCAUUAUUGCAGGCACUUAUGGAUAUAUUGCACCAGAACUUGCCUAUACCCUGGUUGUGACUGAAAAAUGCGAUGUUUAUAGCUUUGGAGUUGUGGCACUAGAAACAAUCAUGGGAAGGCAUCCGGGAGACGUCCUAUCAUCCUUUGCGUCGCCUCCUAGUGAAAACAUGAUGAUAGUCGAUGUCUUAGAUCCUCGCCUUCCACUUCCUACAAAUCCAAUAGUUGCUGGGAACAUUGUUCUAGUUGCUACAAUGGCAUUCGCAUGCUUAUGUCCUCAGCCCAGGUCUCGACCGACGAUGCUUCGACUAUCUCAGGAGUUCCUUUCUCGUAGGAAGGCUCUUGCUGCACCCCUGUGUACAGUUUCACUAUUGCAGCUAUGGAAUCGGAAAAUGGACUUUGUCCAACCAUCGAAUGCAGUAGUGAUCAGUGCCGAAGUUUGAAAGAGUAUCGCAUCCUUUUCAGUCCUUUGCUAUUUUGAUUUAUGACCAUUAAUAUGUGUGUAUCUUAUUUUUAUGCGCCAACGAAUAAAAAAACACUCUCAGUUUUUAUUAUGUAAGGAGCUUAAAGUAAAAUCAGUAAAGCACAUGCAUGAGUUCAAAUAUAUAUGGGCCUGCAGGUUGGUUCAGUGACCACAGUCGGAAGCUUAUAUAGAUAUUGAUCAGCCUUGACAUGCCAUUUAUCUCACCCCUAGCCCAAUGUAGAUUAAAUCAUGUAAGAUUUGAGUUGGCCACGAGGUAGGAGGAGUUGCAGGUUAGCGGGAGCAGUAGGAUGCUCUAUAACUCGUUAAUUGAUCGUGUGAUGGUUAUGGUAGAAACGAGAUUUUAACAAUUAGAGUUCUAUGGUAAUGACGACCAUGCUGAGAGCAAAUUUGUUGAUGAAGG